CCCAUCACCAUCACCAUAAUCGCCACGCAUCAAUCGCUUCUCAUCUCUGGUUUGUCCUCAUUCUCUCCAACGCUGCCACGGCCGAAGCUUCCUUCUCCACCCACCCACAUACACACACACAUACCAACAUAACCAGGCACAUAUAAUAUACAUGCAGGGUUAGGGAGAAAAAAAGGGUGAGGCGGAGUUGAAGAAAGUUGAGAGAGAGAGAGAUGGUGGUGGAAAUCGUGGAGCCAAACACGUGCAUUCGGGGUUGCUGCCGGAGCGACUCAAUCCCGCUCCACCUUCCCCCUUCUUCCUACUCUCUCUCACACCCAAUUGCGCGAGGAGCAGAAAGUGUAGUUUAUGAAGCUAUUUUGGAUGGAAAGAAGGUUGCUGUCAAAAAACCCAUAUUGUCAACCUCUGAAGACAUUGAUAAAUUCCACAAGGAGUUGCAAAUGCUAUGCAAGUUAGAUCAUUUGGGAGUCGCCAAGUUAGUUGCUGCACAUGCAAAGCCGGUGAAUUAUAUGUUUUUCUUCAAAUACUAUGAGUCUGGGAAUCUGGCAGACAAACUACACGUGGAAGAGUGGAAUCCAAGUUUUGAUGAGGUGCUCAGAAUAUCAAUCCAGCUAGCUAAGGCUCUGCAAUAUCUACAUAACCUUGGGAUUAUACACAGGGAUGUGAAACCAGCAAAUAUUCUUCUCGAUGAAAAUCUUCUACCACAUCUGGCAGACUUUGGUUUAGCAGAGUUUAAGAAAGAUCUUAAACAAGUCUCUGUUGAGAACUGGAGGUCAUCUGGAAAGCCAACCGGUGGUUUCCACAAAAAGAAGAUGGUUGGAACACUCAUCUAUAUGGCACCUGAGAUAUUGAAGAGGGAGAUGCACAGUGAAAAAUCAGAUGCAUAUAGUUUUGGGAUAACAAUAAAUGAGCUGCUUACUGGUGUUGUCCCAUACACCAAUCUUCGUGCAGAAGUGCAGGCCCAUACUGUUCUGGAAAUGAACUAUUCUGAACAGCAACUUACAGCAGCUAUAGUGUCCGAAGGAUUGCGACCUGCUCUUGCUAAUCUUGAUUUGGGUGCACCAAUUGGUUUACAGCACUUGAUACAGAGAUGUUGGGAUGCAAAUCCCCAGAAUAGGCCUUCUUUUGAUGAUAUCAUUCUGGAACUUGGUCAUGUUAGGAAAUGCAGAAAGACAGUUGAAGAAAAGAAAAAGGCAGUUGUUGAACCUUCUAUCCCUCUUGGUGAUGAGAACAGCUCAAGCCUCCGAAAUUACCAGGCUAGUAUUAACUGGUUUACCAAGGGUGAAAACUUCUCUAAGAGCUCUUGUAUUGCAGCUGAUUCUUGUGUAAGAAUCUGGCAUGAUCCUUUAACAGAUCUGUUGGCAUACCAUCCAGUGCUGUCUUGGGGAUCCUUUGCUACUUGCGGGAGAAGGGAGACAAUGGAGGAUACUCAUUUUCUUAUGCCCUGUAUGCGCAGUGAGGACAUUCAUGUGUUUGGAAUCUUUGAUGGGCAUCGAGGUGCAGCAGCUGCAGAGUUUUCUGCAAGAGCUCUACCAGGAUUCUUACAAAUUCUGGUUUCCACCAAAAGUCCGUCCGAUGCACUACUUGAAGCAUUUGUCAAGACAGAUGUCGCAUUUAGGGAGGAGUUGGAUAACCAUCGUAAACCUAAGGGAGUUAUACAAAAAGACUGGCAUCCAGGCUGCACAGCCAUUGUGGCUCUUAUAGUUCGAAACAAGCUUUUUGUUGCUAAUGCUGGUGAUUGCAGGGCAAUGUUGUGCCGGGCAAGCAGUGCUCAUUCUCUAAGUAAGGACCAUGUUGCAAGUUGUCUUGACGAGAGAGAACGUAUUAUCAGGACAGGGGGACAGGUCACAUGGGUUGUUGACACAUGGAGGGUUGGUCCCGCUGCUCUCCAGGUUACACGCUCCAUUGGUGAUGGUGAUCUGAAGCCUUCUGUUACUGCCGAACCUGAGAUAACUGAGACCAUUCUCUCUGUGGAGGAUGAAUACUUGGUUCUGGCUAGUGAUGGGCUCUGGGAUGUCAUGAGUGAGGCAGAGGUCGUUAACAUAAUGAAGGACACGGUGAAAGAAGCCGGGAUGUGCUCGAAGAGAUUGGCAACUGAGGCUGCGGAACGUGGAAGCAGAGAUAAUAUAACUGUUAUUGUUGUCUUCCUGCGUCCCGUGUCUACUGCAGAGAGGAUCUACUAGCUAGGUUUGAAGAUGUACCCUUACCGGGUAUGGCGGAAAAUGAACCAGAUUUAUUAUCUAGAACUUGUAUGGAUGCGGUUAUUUUGAGUGAGACAAUGGUUCCAUGGAGAGGAAACGAAGGUGCUAGGACAGAAGGUUUGCCUCUUGUUUGUUGAAAUUGUAUGUCUGCAA